AGGUUAGUGAAAAAAACGCACUUUUAAUCUUAAUUAGGAUAAUUUAAAUAAAUGCUUAAAGCAAUAAUAUUUAUGGAAGAGUAUGAGCAUGUUUGCCACCCAGAAGGGCAUAGGGCAGGUCGGAAGAGGCCGGGGAAACAUUGCAAGAAUGAAAAAGGUAUGACGAGCAAAUACUUCAAAACAAUCACCCAUCGGGAUAAAAGAUGGAUCCCUCCGAGAUCGCCUUAUUCGUUGAUACAGGAAGAUCUUUACGCUUGCCCCUGGCAGCUUCUGAUCGCGACAAUUUUCCUGACCAAGACAUCUGCCCAGAAAGCCAUCCCAAGGAUUCACAAAUUCCUGGAAAAGUGGCCGACUCCUGAAAAAUUGCUCGAGGCCGAUAAAACCGACGUGUCGUCCAUCAUUUCACCCUUAGGACUUGGGAACUUAAGGACUGAAACUAUAUUCCGAUUCACCAAGGAGUAUUUGACCUCCAACUGGACAUACCCGAUCGAACUGCAUGGAAUCGGAAAAUACGGGAACGACUCUUUUAGAAUGUUUUGCAUUAACGAGUGGAGAGAAGUUUCACCGGAUGACAUCCCGUUGACUAUGUAUCGCAAUUGGCUUUUGGAGAACUGCAGUGCUCUCGGCUUAUAAACUAAAUCUGUGAUCCUAAG